AUGGCGCUGAGAUUCCGGAGAAGGGCAGCUUGGUGCUCACUGAAAGAUAUCAACGGCUCCUCGAGGCUCUUGUGUCGCCAAUUUUCCACUACCCAGCGAACUCGCCAGGCCGAACCAGCGGAACCGCCGUCUGCUUUGGGCCACCAAGGCGGACAUAAUGGCCAACGUGUGGACCGCAAGCAAGUCGGCGGAAAGAAAGUCAAAUAUAGGAGAGUUCCUCUGUCCUCCGUAGUCCGGAGUGCCGACAAGAUCGAGCUGGUGAUCGACGGAGAGACUCAUGUGUGCGCCCCUCUGUUUCUCAGAGACUUGUGUACUUGCCCUCGCUGUGUCGAUCAGUCGACACGACAGAAACACUUCUCGACCGCAGACAUUCCUGCAGAAAUCAAUGCGGAGGUGUCUUAUCCGAACCCCGAUGCCAUACAUCUUCGGUGGACAGCUGACAUACCUGGAUAUGAGGAUCACGAAACAGACCUCCCACUUGAGUUGCUGAGACGACUCUGUCAAUCUGGUACAACGAACGGCCACGAGAGACUGCCCCGAACCCUCUGGGACUCUCGCAUGUUUGAGACACAAACCACAGAUGUGGACUAUGAGAGCUACAUGAACGACGAUUCGACCCUUUUGCGAACCCUCCAACAGCUACAUGCGUAUGGCCUUGCGUUCAUCACAAAUGUGCCGGAGGACGAAGCCUCUGUCCAGACCCUGGGUGAACGAAUUGGUCCUUUGAAGACGACCUUCUACGGCAAGACCUGGGAUGUCCGAUCAGUACCCGACGCUAUCAACGUUGCGUAUACAGCUCAGAACCUUGGCUUCCAUAUGGAUCUGAUGUAUAUGGAACAACCGCCUCAUCUCCAAUUACUGCAUUGCAUCAGAUCUUCCGCCGCUGGAGGAGCGAGUCUCUUCUGCGACAGUUUCAGAGCGGUCGACGAAUUGGGUCGCCAGGAUAUCAGAUCAUACCGCAGUCUCGCCUCUCGCCCCGUUGACUUCCACUACGAUCACCCGGGCUCUCAAUAUUAUCAUCAGAGUCGUCCGGUGAUCGAAGAAGAACCAAGAAAGAUUGGACAUGACGCUGCAGAGGGCUGGAACUCGCUGUAUCAUUCCAAACUCAACAACGGCUCGAACAAGACAAGAGAAGACCACGGACCAGAGUCGUUCAUCAAACACGUCUCGUGGGCCCCACCCUUUCAAGCCCCCUUUUCUCUACCGACACUUCACAAACAUGGGAAAGAUGACGCCAAAACCAAGGCCCACGCCGAUGACACUCAAAAUCUUUCGGAGCUAGCUAGGCAUGUACUGCACUGGCAUCAAGGGGCGCAGAAAUUCAACUACCUCAUCCAUCGGCCCGAAGUCAUCUACGAGCGAAUGAUGAAACCCGGAGAAUGCGUCAUCUUUGAUAAUCGGAGAGUGCUUCAUGCGCGGCGAGCUUUCGAGGUCGGCGAUGCUGGCAAAGAAAGGUGGCUGAGGGGUGCUUAUCUCGAUCGGGACCCCUACAUGAGCCGGUUGAAGACUUUGACGGAUUUGGAAAGGAAGGAUGCGGCUAGUGAGGAAUUCUCGGCUGACAGUUACUUUGAGGCUGCUGCGGCAGCGGCAUGA